ACUGCAAACUAUGAACGAUUUAAAAAAAGUAAAUAAACCCACAGGAUACUUCUCCUAAAUAUGGAUAUACAGAGCUUACAAACUGUAUGAGCAUUUACCUCACCUUUGAUUAAAGAAAAGAAAAAAAAACACCCGCACCUUGUGGCCCCAGUCACGUGACUGUAUGCUCUAAGCACCUGACUGGCACAGUUUGACAGUACAGUUGAUGCCAUUGAAAAGAGUAAUACGAAAGUCAUGGAUCUGGUUAAUUGUGGACGAUAUACUCGUCCAAAUUUUAAUUUGGUACUAUUAAUUAUCCUCCAGCUUGGCCUACACACAGUGGAGGGAGUGUGGCCAUUACCGCAGACUUUCACCUCCUCGACGGAGCGAUACCCACUGGACCCACAGGCUUUCUGCUUUGGUUACGGAAGACAAUCAGCCGCUCAGCAGGGCUGUUCUGUUCUGGAUGCUGCAUUCAAGAGAUAUUUUUCUCUUAUUUUUCCAGACUACACUUCUGCAGAUGGUGUCCUGCGAUUCAGUGAGGAUAAACCAUUUAUUGUUGAGAUCAGUGUUGACCAUGAUGAUUGUGAGAGUUACCCAAAUGAGGACUCGUCUGAGAGAUACAAUCUGAGUGUCUCUGCAGUACAAGCAUCUCUGAACGCAGAAACCGUGUGGGGUGCUGUAAGAGGUCUGGAAACCUUCAGUCAGCUGGUGUAUCAAGAUGAUUUUGGCUCAUAUUUUGUGAACAAGACUGAGAUUGAAGACCUACCCCGGUUUCAGUUCAGAGGGAUUUUGUUGGACACUUCACGUCACUAUUUACCAGUGCAGUCCAUUUUAAAAACUUUGGAUGCAAUGGCCUACAGUAAGUUCAAUGUGUUUCAUUGGCACAUUGUUGAUGACCCCUCCUUCCCUUACCAGAGCCGCACCUUUCCAGACCUUUCCAGUAAGGGGGCUUUCCAUCCGAUGACUCAUAUCUACACACAGUCAGAUGUGAGAAGGGUGAUCUCAUAUGCCAGACUGAGGGGAAUAAGGGUCCUUCCGGAGUUUGAUUCACCCGGCCACACCAAAUCUUGGGGAAAAGGGCAUUCUGACCUAUUGACUCCCUGCUACAGAGGGGGCAUCCCCUCAGGUAUCUUUGGUCCAGUUAAUCCAGCAUUACCCUCCACCUACCAGUUCAUGGCGAGACUAUUUAAGGAAGUAUCAUCUGUGUUUCCUGAUUCCCAUAUCCACUUAGGAGGAGAUGAGGUCGACUUUUCCUGCUGGAGAUCCAACCCUGAUGUUCGAGCAUUCAUGCAGAAGAUGGGAUUUGGAGUAGACUUCACCAAACUGGAAGCAUUCUACAUGGAGAACAUUGUGAAUAUCACUUCAGCUCUCAACAAGACCUCUAUCGUGUGGCAGGAUGUGUUUGACUACCAUGAACGACGCAGCUCUCUAUCAGUGGUGGAGGUAUGGAGAGAGGGCUGUUACCUGUGUGAAGUGCGCAGGGUGGCUAAAGCAGGGCUCAGGGUGAUUCUGGCCUCUCCAUGGUAUCUGGAUCAGCCAGGACCCACACACAACUGGGCCCGCUACUACACUGUGUGGCCCCUUGCCUUCAAGGGUACGGAGGAACAGAAGAAGCUGGUGAUAGGGGGUGAGGUCUGCAUGUGGGGGGAAUAUGUUGAUGCCACCAAUCUCACUCCACGUCUUUGGCCAAGGGCAAGUGCUGCGGCAGAGAGACUGUGGAGUGAUGAGAAGCAGACUUCCAGUGUGGACAAGGCAUUUCCUCGUUUGCAGGACUUUCGCUGCAAGCUCCUGAGGCGUGGCAUCCAAGCAGAGCCUCUGUAUGUUGGACACUGCAAACAUGAGUACCAAGGUGUUUGAAGAUGUUGGAUGGAUUAACUUUGGAAGGUUUUUCUGGAGAAUGUUUGAACAAAUUAAGUUCACUGUUGCCUUCUUUGCGGAUUCUGAAAAAAUCUUGUGUGGGGCAUUUCAAAUGGUAUAAAAUCUUUAAGAAAUAUUUUGUUACACUAUGUAUACACUAAAAUGCUUUCUCAGGGACUUAUCUCAUUACCUAUAUUUUCUCAUUCUCAUUUUAACUCAAUAACUAUUUGAAUAUUUAACUUUUUAUUUUAAAUUUUGUAAAUUUAGCAGUCAUAAUAUAGAAAUGUUACUAAAAACCUUCCUUGGAGGAAACCAAAGUGCUGCACUGUAAUGCCAUGUUGAAUUGUACUUGAUGAAAGAUGACUCCAAAAUAUAGAAUGUACAUUUUCAGUUUAAAUAUUUACACUGCCAAUAUGCUGUAGCUUGUAGUCUUGGCAUUGAAAUGUAAUAAAAUAAUAUUGGUGUGCAGA